AUGAAACUCAUUCUCGCGUCCUGGAUCUCCUGGUGCUCGGUACAACUCGCGACGGCGGCCAACCUCAAGUGUGGCUACUGGACCUGUCCCGAGACGCACGGAGGACUGGUGAACCUCCACCUGGUGCCUUACUGGCGCCUGGAGUCAGUCGGGUCGCCGGAACUCGACGCCACGGCCGGUGCCUCCAUCUCCGCCGUCAUCAACGAGCUGGCACCGGACUCUCCCCGACGCUUCUCACUAGACCAGGUUGCCUACCUGGCCCGCUGGUGGGAAGACCAGAACGUGAGUUCGAGGACGCGUCUGCGGCGUCUCGUGGACUCCGGACGUCUGGAGCCUGUGGGCGGGAGCUGGGCGCAGGGCGACGAGGCGACGCCGCACUACUCCGCCCUGCUGGACGCCCUGACCGUGGGACUCCGCUGGCUACAGGAGUCCCUGGGGGAAUGCGCCAGGCCCCGGGUGGGCUGGCAGAGCGACACCCGGGGGCAUUCAAUCGAGUGGGCCUCGAUGCUCGCACAGGCGGGCCUCCAGGGCGUCUUUCUGGCAGCGCUGCCGGAAAAUCUCACGCAUUUCGUCUGGAAGGCCGACCUCGGACUCGGGGACGCUGGGGAGAUUUUCGGAGCGUCUACGCAGAGCGGCUGGCCAGAGGGCUUCUGCUUCGACGUCGACUGCCCAGGGGACAAGAUCACGGUAGCUAAUGGCAUGGCCAAGGCUCGGAACUUCAUACGUCAUUACACAAGCAAGCCCCGCAGGACGAACCAGGUGCUCGUGCCCCUGGGAGGUGACUACCAGUCGGCAAGCUACAGCUUCCACACCAUCGACAACCUCAUCCGAUACGUGAACGCCAAGCACCGCGACCUGCCCAAGGCGCGCGCCUUCUACUCGACGCCCUCGUGCUUCCUGCGAGCCCUGUUGGAAACCAACGAGUCCUGGGAAGAGGUCGACGAAGACCUCUUUCCGUACGCCGAGCGGGGCCGCAACUCGACGGACGUGGCCUUCUGGACGGGCUACUUCAGCGGCCAGCCGGACCUCAAGAAGACGCUGCGCAGGGCCAACGGCGUGCUCCAGGCCUGCAAGCAGCUCUCCGUCCUCGGCUCCGUCUACAGCAACGACGUCCGGGCGCUCCAGGAGGCCGUGGCCUUUGGGCAGCACCACGAGAUCAUAACGUACGUGAGUUCCUCCAAUCCGUUUGAGGCAGUAGGAUCACCUCGUCGUACUGCCGAGUUCAAGGCCACCGCGUUUACUUCAGGGGAACCGGGCCCCCGGAAGCGCUUCAUCAUCACCGUACGGUUCUGCUGA